GCCCGGGCCGCACAAUUCAAAUACACGCCUUAUCCAUCCUUCGUUCUCGUUUUGUGGGUUGUUUCCUUCAUUUUCCCAGCCAUUCGACGCCCACUACCAAAAAAAGUACCGGCAUAGAAAAUGCACCAUGCACUCACAAUUCCCGAGCUUAUACAUAAAAUCCUCCUCCAUGUCAGCCCCAGCGUCCUCGCUUUCGGUGUCAACACUGUCAGUAAACUAUGGAGCGACGUCAGCGCUGAGAUCAUUUGGUAUAAACUGGAUGAUCUCAGGCCUUUGUUGCGUCUUAUUGGCGAAAUCAAGUUGAACGACCAUCCAGAACGAGAAAGUGAUUUUUCCGAGAUCUGUGAAUUUAGUUCUCUGUAUGAAGACUGGAGCAGAUUUGAUUUCUACAGCCGUCACGUCCGAGUUCUUUCUCUUGGCGGAUCAGUCAUCGACUUUCAGCCUGCACUAAAUGACGUUGCCAUGUUGCGGUCUGGCAAGGUGUUUCUGCCUAGACUCAAAGAGCUCGAGUGGUCUAACUGUGAAAGAGAUAGUUGGAAAUCUUCUGUAUUCAUGAUGCACGAGGGUAUCACCACUUUCCUCCUUUAUAUCCCAUGGGACCUCUACAAAGACGGACAUACACACAUGGUCCAGUAUUUUAGUUUUAUCGCUGCUCGAUUGCCAUGUCUUGAAUACCUCCAUAUUGACACGAUGCGGCACAGAGAUCCUAACAUCUCGCAACUUGGUUCAGCACUGGAGCUUCUCGUUUCGAAGCUAACCAGUCUCAAAACCAUCCGUUUCCCUCCGUUCGUUAACACCUUUUCUAUCCUCUCCGCAACGUCUACCCUUCCACACAUUACGACUAUCUUUGUCGAAGACAGCUCAUCGUAUCCUGUGCAUACACCCCUCCUCCCGUCAGGACUUCCGUGUACUCUGCCUUCUCAAUUGGGGACACUUCACGUCUCUAUGGCUUUCAAAGAUGCCACAAGAUUGUUCCAUACAGAUUUACCAAACCUCUUGGAUAUCUUUCUGCAAUCAGGACAGUGCGAGGCUCCUCCAACGGUGCAUCGCCUGACCAAGGUCAUAUCACAGAGUUGUCACAAUGUUCGUGAGCUUCAGCUGAAUUCACAAGGGGCAUCGCAGGGAUUCACCGGAAACAUACCCGAUUGUAUUGCCAUUGCUGAUAUCGCACCCUUGUUUUCCUGCUCUGCGAUGGAAGAAUUUACCAUUGAGCAUGCAUUUCCGUUGCUCUUAUCCAAUCCUGAUAUCCAGACUCUUUUGACAAAGUGGCCUGCGUUGAAGGUUCUUAAUCUCAACAGUUGUCCUCUAUCAUUGCCUCCACGGGAAAUUAACCUUCCCUUGCCCGAAUGGAAGACUCUUGCCACGUUUGCUUGGUAUGGAAGUAACCUUCGUACCCUUGGUCUUUACAUGAACGGAUUGGUGGACAUUCCUAAUAACAAGGAUGCUUACCCGUUUGCUCGAUUGGAUCAACUUUAUGUUGGCACAUCUGAAAUCAGAGGCACACAUAACGAGGCACGAUUUUUGAGUUACAUCCUGCCCUCAGGUUGUACAAUCAUUCCAACCCCGGUGGGGGCGACCUAUGUUACGUGGAACCGGAUUGUCCCGUUUGUUUCAGCAUUCCAGGAGGUCCGGGAAGAGGAGCGUGAGGCCAGGAAGGAGCUGGAGGGGCGAGUAAUGGAGUUGGAAGCGCUGCUGGCGUCUUGAUGCUGGCUUUUUUGUAUUUCUUUCAAAACCUC